AGAUCACCUACCUAGAUGGUGUUAGACUUGAAGGAUAGAUAAACAGGCUCCGUUCCCUGCAUUCCGGCCAACCCCCACAUCGCCCCCUUCACUUCAACGCUGCCAAAUCAGACCAGAAGGAACACAGCACCCACCAUGACGAGCAAUCUAGCAGCCGCCUUCCAGUCCGAGAGGCUGGUCUACACGGCCAUCCCAGACACAGAUGAGAUCAAGGACUGGUUCUACGAGCGCUUCGAGAGCGACCCCGUGGGGCGCGCCUACGCCGACUCGAGCCUUCUCCGGCCGCAGACCAAGGCCCGGAGCGACGAGAUCCUCGACGGCAUCCGCAAGGACCUCCUGGGCGUGCUGAUAUGCCUGCCCCCACAGCCAACAUCCGAGCAGCUGCCUGCAGACCAGGCGGAGACGGGCCCCUCAUCAGCCCAAGACAGCACGUCAGCGGCGCCACAUGCAGGUGCUGCCGCCGCCGUGGCCAGCAAGCCCAAGCCGACCCCCAUCGGCGUGCCGCACCUCGACGAUGAGAGCGGCUCCAUGUACCGGCAUCACCACCGGCUGGCGGUGAUGAGCGUCUCCGUCAUCUCGGGGUACCGCGACAAGGGGUAUGGCUCCGAGGCCAUCAACUGGGCGCUUGACUGGGCGUUCACGCGGGCCAACCUGCACGCCGUCAGCCUGGGGUGCGUCGAGUUCAACGAGCGGGCGCAGCACUUGUAUGAGAAGCUGGGGUUUGUUCCUGAGGGGCGCUUCAGGAAAUGUCACUGGCACGAGAGGAAGUGGUGGGACGUGUUGCUGUAUUCCAUGCUGGAGGACGAGUGGGUUGAGCUGAGAGACAAGCGUAGAUCAUGAAUUUGGGACCAAGAUGUAUCAUCCACCACACUAGACCAGUGGGACGAAGAUGUUAAGAUCAAGACUCUUGUUUACCUCAAAAUCACUAAACCCGACAUUCAGAG